AUGAGUAUGGACGAUAAGCCGGCUAUCGUGCUCUUCAGUGGCGGCUGGCACACGCCGGAGACCUACAGCAAACUGACGAAAGCGCUGGCUGCCGCUGGCCUCGACGUACACUGUCCCAGAAAUCCUUCCACCCACCAAAUACGUCCGCCGACGUCGAGCCUCGCCCAAGACUCGGAGAACAUGCGCAGCUAUGUAUCCAACCUGAUUGAUGGAGGCCGUCGAGUUGUCGCACUGGGCCAUUCUUACGGCGGACAGGUCAUGACGAACUCCCUUCAUGGGUUGGGUGUCGAUGCCCGCAAGGAGAAGAGUUUGGUGGGGGGAGUCACUGAUUUGAUCUAUCUUUGUGCAUUUGCCUUGGAGGAGGGUGGUUCCUGUGUGUAUAACCCUACUUCCCUACUGCCAUCUGUCUCAUUAACCCUGGCCCCUUCGAUAGUGUUCAGCAAGGUCAAGGAAAUGGGGCACGAAGAACUGAUGCCUCUCGCAUUCGAUUUCGCCGGCGACAUGACCGUUCUUGCGCGCGACCCGAGAAGCCAGCUCGUUGGACAACACUAUGACGAUGCCGAGGUGGAAGAGUAUCUCAACAGCCUGGUCCUUUGGAACGGUCAGUGCAUGUACGACAAAAUCGAGCACUGCGCCUGGAGAGAGAUUCCCAUCACGUACGUCUACACGCUCAACGACAUGACGGUCCCCCUCGAUUAUCAGAAGUCGAUGGUGGCAGCGAUGGAAGCAGCAGGCCGUGUGCUGAAGACGCAUGAACUAGCCACGGGGCACUGUCCAAAUCUUACGGCUACAAAGGUUGUCGUCAGUAUCUGCGCAGAGGUCGUAGAGGGUCGAAAAUUGUAG